AUGAAUGUGAACCCAACUAGGUUAACACUUUUACAUUCGGAUUUUAUUGUAUCACUCGUCUCUCAAUAUUUUGAAUAUCAAGAUGAUGUUUAUAAAUGUCUUUUGGUGAAUCCAUCUUGGGCAAGGAUGCUUGUUCCAGUGUUGUGGAGAAGUCCAGUAUGGAAAACACCAAAAUCAUUUCAAAAAUUCUUGCGUACAUUAGAGGAAGUAGAUCCACAACAUGAUUAUGGAAAAUUUAUCGAAAAAUUGACAUUUAAACUAUAUUCAAAUACUCCAAUGCAAUUAUUUACAACGCAAACAUUGGAUAUUAUAUCAUCAAAAUGUCCAAAUGUAUUAUAUUUAACAUUCGAUUGUUUAAAACCUUCAACUCCUUCAUAUUUCAUUACUACAAAUAGUGACUUACCUCCAAAUAUUUUGGUAACUUUGUUACAAAGAUUUCCAAAUUUGAUCACAUUUAAGGGGCCAAGAUUUAAUACAAUGCAAUGGCUCGGAGCAGGAUUAACACCUAUGAGGAAAGGACUUCUUCCCAAUAUAAGAUCAUUAAGAUUAUCAUUAGAUUGGAGGGAUCUAUCAUUACCAUUCUUAUUACAUGAUAUCGGAAGUCAUUGUCCACUUAUUACUUCUCUUGAUGUCAUAACUGAUAUUCCUGAACAAACAGCCAAAGUUAUUGUAGAUGCAUUCCCACACUUAACAUCAUUUUCAUGUAUAACGGCAACAUUCCAAUCAUUAAAGAUAUUAAUUAGCGCAUUAAAUAAAUUAACUUCUUUAAAAUUACAAUUUGGACAAGAUAUAACUGAUGAACUUUUAAUAAAAAUUACGUCAAAAUUUCCCAAAUUAGAAUCAUUCACAUUAACAAAAGGUUGGUAUUCUUUACCAUCAUUCAUGAAAACUUGGUCAUUAAUACAACAACAAAGUUUAAAUUAUUUAGAAUUUUCUCAUUAUACUGAGUUAACAAAUGAUAUGUUAUUACCUAUAUUUCAAUCAUGUCAUAAUUUAACUUCAUUGAAAUUAAUUCAUUGUCCUCGUAUAACUGAUAGUUCUAUAACAUACUUAUCUAAAUAUCGUGGAAAUAAUUUAAAAAAUUUAUUAAUUCAUCAUAAUUAUAAUAUUUCUGAUCAAGGAAUUAGUUCUUUAGAAAUUUGUAAGAAUUUACUUACUUUAAAUUUAUUAGAAUGUCCUAAAAUUACUUCAAAAUCUUUAAGUAAAAUUAUUAAAGAAUGUAAGAAAUUAUUAGAAUUUUAUGGUAGUUUUAAUUAUAGGUUGACAAAUGAUAUAGUUAGUUGCUUUAAUUCUAAUUCUUAUGAAAAUAAGAAUUUAUUGGUUUUUGGUAAUAGAUUUGUUUGUUUAAAUAAUAUUCAAAUUUCCAAAACUAUUGAUAGUUCAAUAUUAUUUAAAUUAUCAACAAAAUUACCAAAUUUAAGAAAAUUGGAUAUAAGAUAUCCGAUUAAAAAUGUGAACCCAAAUAAAUUAAUUAAAGCUAUAUUAAAUUUCAAAUUACUUGAAAAAUUAUGUAUAGUUCCCCCUCCAAAUUUAAAACGUAAACAUUUAAGAUUAUUAGAUACUGAACAUAAGCGUUUGAAAGAAAUUUGGUUUAUGACAAAAGAACAUCCUAAAGUUCGGCAAUAUAUUUAUGAAAAUGAUAGCAAAAGUGGUAUUAGAAUUGAACUUUGUAUGUUAGCUCACGACGAAGAGAUUUGA